AUGGUUGAUCACAAAUGCCAUGGUGGUUUGGGGAUAGGUGACAUUCGAAGCUUAAAUCUUGGCCUUCUAGCAAAAUGGUGGUGGAAAUUCAAAUUGUGUAAGGAAGCUCUUAGGGUCCAGGUUAUUAAAAGCAUCCAUGCCAACAAAAACGGUAUACAAUCUUUCCCUUUUAAUAGAAGGUUUCUGGGCAUUUGGAAAGAUGUCGGCUUGGUAGAGAAGGAAUUGUCUAUUCUCAACAUCUCUCUUCGUAAUAACCUCAAGGGGGUAGUGGGAAGAGGUGAUAAUUUAUACUUUUGGCAUGAUAAUUGGUUGGGGGCGGGGACGCUUAAAGAUGAUUUUAAAGAUUUGUUCAAGAUUGCUACGAAUAAAGAGGCAAAGGUUGGUUCGGAAACUGAAGUCAAUGAGUUGGUUGAGCUUUGUAUGAUGUUGCAAGUUAAGUUGAAUCAAAACAGUGAUAAAUGGUACUGGCUCGGAUCCAAAGACGGGGAACAUGAUGAAUUUUCUGUUAAGUCGGUGAGAAGUUUACUCGACAAAAGCAGGAUCAUUGUGGAUACUUAUGUUCCUGAACGAUGCAAGUUAUGUGGAGAUGGAGAAGAGAAUGUAGAGCAUCUGUUCACGUCUUGUUUUUUUGCUUCUAUGUUAUGGACGUGGAUUGGUAAUUGGUGUAAGUGUCGGCCUAUGGUGGUGUUCACCUUUAGGGAUCUCAUUGAAUUUCAUAAUCAUGUGGGUUUGCAUGGAAAGAAGAAAGAGGUUUUAAAAGGCCUUAUUAGAAUUGGGUGUUGGUCGAUUUGGAGAUUGAGAAAAGAAGCGAGGUUCAAGAACAAAGAGGUUAAACUUGAGUACAUUAUUGGUGAAGUCAAGAAGUUGGGUUUUUUGUGGUACAAGACUAGGAAUAAAAAUAAAGAUACGUCAUGGGGUGAUUGGUGUAAGUUUGUAAAUUUGUAA